UGUUUUUGUUUGAUGACCCACCCCCAGGCCCCAUGCUUUUAUAUGUAUGUAUAUUCAAUAUUGGCUGAACACACAGCAGCUUCAAAAUGAAGCCUCGGACGGCGGCGAUCGCAAUCGCAACCGCAAUGCUACUGCUGGUGUUUGAAGGAUACGCUCAAGAACAAGACACACGGUGCGUGAACAGGUUAAUUCCCUGCUUAAGUUACCUCAACGGAACCCGAGACCCGCCGGAGAGUUGUUGUGAUCCUCUGAGACGGGUGAUCGAGUCGAAUCCAGAUUGCCUUUGCAGUUUAAUUAGCAUGGAGGGAAGCAAUCGAGCGGAGCAGGCUGGCAUUGAUGUCAACGAGGCUCAACAGCUGCCUGGCAGAUGUGGGCAACAUGUCAAUCCACUCUCCUGCCUUUCAGCCUCUAGCGAUGGAGUUUCCAACUUUGCAGCUCUGGCCACUCUGCAACUUAGCAUCAUGCUCAUCAUUUGUACCAUUUUUCAAAUUCUUUGGGCAUCUAAUUCACCACUCAAUAUCUCUAUCUAGCGCCCCUUCACAUACGUCAAUCUCUCUCUCUCCAUUUUAGAGAAUAUAAUGUAACCUCCUAUGUUUCAAAGGGUGAAGAGAAAAUUAUACUUUUGUGAUGUUGGGAUGUUUCAAAAUACAAGGGUAUGAUGGUGAUUUAAACCUCCGACCUUCUAAUCGAAAAUAUAUGUUUUUCAAGUUGGGUGUGAGAUUUAGAUGUGUA